AUGGGUUUUGAUAAGGAGCUGGAGGGUGACGAGGCUUUCCAGGAGUUUACGUCGGUGCAUCAUAACCGCAGCCAGUUGCCUACCUGGGCCAAUGACUCUCUGCUCCAAUCAGCAGCCCCCGAGACUGGCCAGGGGAGGAGUCAGGAGAAGAAGAAGAAGCUUGAUUACCUCAACUUUGAGUCAGACGAGAAGAAGAAGGAUGAGGAUGUGUUUUCAUUGUCAGGUGCUAAUAAAGAGGCUCUGAAGUCUGGCCUGUCUGAUAUGGAGUACUUGUGGCACAGAGACGGGACUGAAUUCACAGUAAAACUGCGAGAAUGUCCCUUCAACGUCAAAGAGCAACAAGUGCGAGAGUUCAUGACUACUCUGAAGCCUGCAGCCAUUCGAAUCAUCAAGAAUGCCACCGGCAGCAAAACUGAGUAUAUGUAUGUGGAUCUGCGCUCAGAAGAGGAGGUGAAAAAGUCUCUGAAGAAGAACAAAGAUUACAUGGGUGAGAAUCAGACUGUGUGUGUGUGUGCGCACGUUCGUAAUCCUCACUGAGAAUAAAAAGUUAUG